AUGGAGAUCGAUAAUUUCAUACUUGAAGUUCCUAAAAGCAUUGUGUGUAAAAUCCUCUUCUCAUUUCUAUGGUUUGACCUAAUAACAAUUUUGGGGAUUUCAAUCUUUCUCCUUUUCUUCUCUCUCGAUUCUAAAACUUCCGCCGCUUCAUUUCUCUACUUCGACACUCAACCUUUGCAUCUACGGUGCCAUACUCCAACACCUUCACAUCUUCAUCCCUAUCCUCCCGUACCUCCAGCGCCACUGUCAUACAUUGAAGGUCGCGUCAGCCAAUUUGUUGUCCUUGUGGGGAUCACUGUAGGGUGCCUUCAUCAUGUGGAAAUCUUUUUCCAGGUUCCAUGUGUUUGGAAUUGGACAACAUUCAAGAGGAUUCACCAUAAGGAAUUAAUUAUCAGUCAUGGAAGUAGAACAACCCUUUCAAGUGAUAGCAUUUUGAGGGUGAAUUUAAUUGGGGACUAUGUUGGAUACAAUGACGUACUUUCUUUUGAGAAUUUCUUUCUUGUUGUUCCAAGACAGCAUGAGGUUUAUGUUGAAGGGCAUUACGUGAAGUUUAAGCCUUAUAAAAGAUUUGAAGAAUUUUCCACUCAUACAAAGCUAUGGAAAAACCGUGUUAAAAAGAUCCAUCUAAAAGAAUCCUAUGAAGAGGUUGAUAAAGCUGUUGAAGCCUUAUCUUUAGCAGUUACAGAAGAUUUCCUUCCUAUAAUUUCAAGAAUAAAAGCUACCACAACACCAUUUGGAGGUGUCAGAGGAGAAAUCACAUAUGCACGUGAGCAUAAAUCUGUUUGGUUUAAAGUAAAAAGAUUUGCUCCUUCUGGUUGGGCUAAUACCCCUGGAGAAGAACAAAUAAAACAACUCAAACCUUCUAUUGACUCAAAGGGUAGAAAAGUCGGGGAAGAAUGGUUCACCACAGUAAAGGUCGAAAAUGCCCUCACAAGAUACCAUGAAGCUGGUGCUAAUGCAAAGACAAUGGUGUUAGAAUUGUUAAGGGGACUUUCUAAAGAAUUGCAAGACAAAAUUAAUGUUCUCAUUUUUGCCUCCAUGUUGCUUGUCAUUGCAAAAGCAUUAUUUGCUCAUGUGAGUGAGGGGAAAAGGAGGAGAUGGGAAAAGGGAGAAAUUGAUGGAAUGAAGAUAACUGGUUUAUCACCCUAUUGGUUUGAUGCAGCUAAAGGAAGUGUUGUUGUUAACACAAUUGAAAUGAAGUCAAUAUUUCUGUUGACCGGUCCAAAUGGAGGUGGAAAAUCAAGUUUACUUCGGUCAAUUUGUGUUGCAGCUUUAUUUGGAAUAUGUGGAUUCAUGGUCCCUACUUAG